CGCGAUGGGCAGCGAGGCUGGCGAGCCGGCGGCCGGCCGGGCCCUGGCCCAGCUGAGCGACUCGGAGCUGGGUGGCUGCAGCAAGGAGGAGCUGGUGCGGCGGCUGCGGCAGGAGGAGGCGGAGAAGCUGGCGGCGCUGGUGCAGCGAGGGCGGCUGAUCCAGGGCGUCAAUCGGCAGCUGCAGGAGCAUCUGCGGGAGAUCCGCGAGCUGAAGCAGGUGAACGAGCGCCUGGCGGCCGAGAACCGCGAGCUCCGCGACCUCUGCUGCUUCCUGGACGACGACCGGCUGAAGGCCAAGCGGCUGGCCCGGGACUGGCAGCUGUUCGGGCAGCAGGCUGCCCGGGUGCUGCGGGACGAGCUGGCCGCCUGCCUGCACAAGCUGGCCGGGUUGGAGGGGCUGCAGGAGCGCCUGGCCGCGGAUAACCUGGAGCUCAAGGCGCUCUGCCUGGCGCUGGAGGAGGAAUGCGCCGCCCGCGCAGAUAGCAGCCCCGUCGGCUCCUCGGAGCUCAGCCUGCCCUGCGGGCCCCGGGACCUGGGCGACGGCAGCUCCAGCACGGGCAGCGUGGGCAGCCCGGACCAGCUGCACCUGGCUUGCUCGCCCGAGGACUAGAGACUCCCCCAAGGGACCGGGGGGCCAGGACUCACCCUGACUAGAGACCUCCCUGGGGGCCUGCCCCCCAGGACUGGACUCUCUCAAGGGGCCAGGAGCCCUCCCUCAAGGGAGCUGCUCCGCAGUGACUUCACCCAACCGCCCCCACCAGAAGGACUGGAGAGCAGAGGAUUCCCCCCCCCCGGCUGUUGAUGGGGGUCUCUCCCCUGGGAUCUGGGCAAGGGGUACUGCAGAGGAGCGGGGGGGGGGGUGUCAUCUCCGUGAAGAUCCCAGUGCAGACUUUGGCGGGUAGGGAAGGGAGCUGGUAACUGGGGGGAAGGUCAAAGAUGCAUUUUGGGUGUCCCCCACCCCACAAAACAGCAUUUCUCUGGCUUCUUCAGCAACCUCUCUCCCCCCCAGGUGCUAACUCCAACCCCACCGUGUGAUGAGAGCUGUUUGACUCAGGGGACCGGGGAGAUUAGGGCAAACCCUCCCCAAAAAGAAGUAAAAAUAAUAAACGUUUUAAAAUUGC